CCAGGUGUCCCAUCCAGCAGAUGUGGAGAUGGCCGUGGUGAAUCAGGCUUGCAUGGCACAGUGCCCAGCCCACAAUCGAAGACUCAAGGACAAUGCCAAGGAGCUUCUGGAGAACUGUUUGCGGAAAUGUCCAAGCUCGGGCUUUCGGGCAACCAUGACCUUCGAACAGUGUAAGGCACAAUGCGAGCGAGCUCACCCACUGUCAGACGGGAUGGCAUCAAUCCCCGCAUCCGGUCCACCUAUGGAAGGAUGCGAGAAGGACUGUUUUGACCGAAUCACUGGGAAUUUCUGGAAAGUACGGUAUCAACGAUGUGCAGGCAAAUGUGCCAUCAACACGGCUGCCGAUGAGGUGGUUUUCCAGACGAAGCACAACAUCUCAAUGCCUGAGAUGAAAGACUUGGAAACUCAGGUGGUGAGCGUGCUCAAAAAGAGGAUCAUUUUUCAGAAGCGACCUGACGAUCAUCCUUUCAGUUUCUUGAUAUUUCAGUGUCGCAAGAAAGCGGAAGAUGCCUUGGGGAAAGCCUUGGGCAUUCCAGCAAAGCAUUCGAAGCCAGCAGUGGUCAUCAGGCCGUUCAAACCCGGAGUCCAUCAUGUCGGGGUGCAGGCCCUGAAUCAAGAUCCCGGGAAUGAUUUGGAAGCAGUGGUUGACGUGCAGGCCCUGUCCAACGAGAAUAUGGAUAAGCUCGCUGAUGAUUCAACACUCAAAAGCUUCGACAAGGUGUUUGAGGCUUUCGAUGAUGCUAUCUCAUCGGACACCGCCAUGCAUGGUCUUCUGAAGAUUUUCCCUGCAGAAGCUGCAGAAGUCACUUCAGCGUCAGUGUCUGGAAACUUUGUGUCAUUGGGUUGGCACACUGUUUGCCGAAGAGAUAAGGCAGAUCACACCAUGAACGGCUUCGGCACUACGCAAGUUGUCCAUCACGAAACGCUCAACUCGUGUUCUCAGAUGUGUACUGACUCUAAGACCUACUGUUAUGGCUUUGAGUAUCGAGCUCACCAAGCCCGCUGUGAAUUGUGGACGCAACCAAUUUGCCAUCACGAGGAGGCAAACGUCCAAGGCGCCACGUUUGUGGACUUUAGAUGCUUCAAGCGGUGCCAGUAGGCCCAAGGCGGAGCCUUCAAACAGCUCUAGAUUGAAUGAAUCCGGGACACUGCCCCAGUGCUUUUCCAUAUUCUCUGGAAGAGAAUGGCAGAUUUGACUGAGUGCAAUGGGCAGAGAAAAGCCGGAACAAGGAAGGCAUUGAACAAGUUGCCUUCUUCGCGAGAUUUCCUUUAGUUCGCUGCGUAGCAAUGCAGAAACACUAGACUUCAACAAACUUAAAGCUUACUCAAUUACUGUGGAUGAUUCUGAUGCCUCACAAUAGGUUCAUGCUGCUAGGUGUGUUGGAUUUAAUUCGCAGCCCGAGCCAACAGACAUUCAUGUGGUCCUUCCUUACUGUUUGGCCCGAC